AUGCCGGUAAAGAGGAAAGCUUCAUCAACUGUGAAGGGAGCGGAAAAGACCAGGAAAGAUUCCGUUGCCUCAACUCCAGGACCCGCCACUCCUCGAAGCAUCGGCAGCAGCGAUGAGUACGAAUCCUCCGAUGUGACCGAGUCUGACGAUGAGGCGGCUAAGCGGGUCAAGACGGCCCUCGAUAUCAAGGAGUAUAAGUCGAAGAAAGUCACCUCUGCUGUGAAAAGCCGAGACUCUGCAAGCCAUCAUUUCGGAGAGCAUGACUUCUCGUACCUCUCACUCAAGCCGGAUCAUGACAAUAGACCCUUAUGGAUCGAUCCACAGAAAGGGCGAAUCAUCCUCGAGAGCUUCUCGCCGCUGGCAACACAUGCCCAGGACUUCUUGACGACUGUUGCGGAACCUGCGUCACGACCUGCAUUCCUGCAUGAGUAUAAACUGACCCCCCACAGUCUUUACGCAGCUGUCUCGGUUGGGUUGGACCCGAAAGAUAUUAUAAAUGUCCUCGAUCGAUUAUCCAAAAUCCCCGUGCCAGAAAACAUUCGAAACUUUAUAACAAGCUGUACUCAGAGCUAUGGAAAGGUCAAACUGGUGUUGAAAAAUACCAAACAUUAUCUAGAAAGCUCCGAUCCGGAGAUGUUGCAACGGCUGCUCAAGGAUGAGGUUAUCGGCCCACUUAGAGUUCAAGGGGCGGAGGAUAUCACCACAACCUCAGCGCCAAAGAUGGGCGCUUUGGUGAUCCCUGGUACCAAGAAUGCUGCUGGUGUUCAACAAGCUGCUGCAGACCAGCGGAAACAACCUCAAGAAGGUGAGAACGCUAAUCAAGAGGACAUCUUUGCCACUCUCAAUGAAGAGGACGACGACGACGACGACGCCGAUGCCGUGCACGCUUUCGAGAUUGUUGACGAGGGGGUCGAACAUAUUCAGAAGCGAUGUUUGGAACUGGGGCUCCCUGUGCUGGAAGAAUAUGAUUUCCGAAAUGAUGACGCCAACGCCAAUCUCGAUAUUGACCUGAAGCCAACUGCUCAGAUCCGACAUUAUCAAGAGAAGAGCUUGAGCAAGAUGUUCGGUAACGGCAGAGCAAAAAGUGGAUUAAUUGUCUUGCCCUGUGGAGCUGGCAAAACUCUGGUUGGUAUCACAGCAGCGUGCACGAUCAAGAAGGGUGUGAUAAUCCUUUGCACAAGCUCCAUGUCCGUGGUGCAGUGGCGGCAGGAAUUCCUGAAAUGGUCGAACAUCAAUCCAAACGAUAUUGCAGUCUUCACCUCAGAUAACAAGGAGAAGUUUACUGGAAAUACCGGUAUCAUUGUUACAACUUACAACAUGGUCGCCCAAAAGGGCAAACGAUCCUAUGAUUCUCAAAAGAUGAUGGAUUUCUUGCAGGGCAGAGAAUGGGGUCUCAUGAUCCUGGACGAAGUCCACGUUGCUCCAGCUCACAUGUUCAGACGAGUCGUCUCUGUCAUCAAGACACAUUCGAAGUUGGGACUGACGGCAACACUUCUUCGAGAAGACGACAAGAUCAGCGAUCUGAACUUUUUGAUUGGGCCCAAGCUUUACGAGGCAAAUUGGAUGGAACUUGCUGAGCAAGGUCAUAUUGCUCGUGUUCAGUGUGCAGAAGUUUGGUGUCCAAUGACGACUGAAUUCUACCAGGAAUACCUCCAUCAGACCAGCAAGAAGCAAGCUCUUCUCUGGAUCAUGAAUCCUAGGAAGUUCCAGGCAUGUCAAUUCCUCAUUGACUACCACGAGAAACGAGGGGAUAAAAUCAUCGUAUUCUCAGACAACGUCUAUGCCCUCCAGGUCUAUGCCCAGAAGUUGAAAAAGGUCUUCAUCUUUGGAGAGACGAGCAACUCCGAACGUCUCCGUAUUCUCGAAAACUUCCAGCACAACGAGAAUAUCAACACACUCUUCCUCUCCAAGAUUGGCGAUACAUCUCUCGAUCUACCCGAAGCAACCUGCCUCAUCCAGAUCUCUUCGCAUUUCGGAUCUCGUCGUCAGGAAGCGCAGAGACUGGGGCGUAUUCUCCGGGCCAAGCGGAGAAAUGAUGAAGGUUUCAAUGCCUUCUUCUACUCCCUUGUCUCCAAGGACACCCAAGAGAUGGUCUACUCUUCCAAACGACAAGCUUUCUUGGUCGAUCAAGGCUACGCCUUCAAAGUCAUUACCCACCUCCAAGGAAUCGAGCACCUCCCUGACCUCUCCUUCACUACUCCCGCCGAACGUCGCGAGCUCCUCCAGAAUGUCAUGAUCCACAAUGCAUCAGAAGAUGCCUCGAAGGAUUACGAGGACGUCGAUGACCUGUUCCAUCGCAUUGAUGGCGGGAGGAAGAAGAAGAAGAAGGGUGCCAGGAGAACGGCAGGAACUCUGAGCGAGUUGGCAGGUGGUCAGGACAUGGCGUAUGUGGAGCAAAACAAGAGCCGUAACAAGGAGUUGAAGAAAAAGAAGGAGAGCAAUCCUUUCUUUAAGAAAGUGCAGAGAGAGCAGCAGAAGAGGAGACUGGCUCGAGAUGAUGAGUAGGUUGACAUAUUGGCGUUUAUGGUGACAAAAUAUGCAUGGCAGCAUGGAGGAUAAAUGGUGUUUGGGAUGAGAUUUAGAGGCUUGGCCAUUACUAAAUUGAACGAACGAACUAUUAAUGAACACCUUCUACUUCAUUACAGUCUUCUCAUGUCCCCCUACGCCAUUUCAUGCAAAGCUGGCUACAUGCGUUCUUAAAGCUUAAUAUACCAGUCUCUAUUCCUUGAGUCUCUACCAC